CGCAGCCGCAGAGCUCUACAGUCUAAUAGUCUUUUUUUUACACAGUUUUAUGCUCUCCAAUAGCGAGUAGAAGCGUAAGCUUUUUUUUAAAAAAAAAAAAAAAUGUUGCCCAAAUCGCCGCCGUGGCGCCAUUGCCCUGUACUCGUUCCCCUGUUGUUACUCGUUCUCCUUCCACUAACCUCUCCGUCGGAUCUUCCGGCCGAUCGUCCUCCGCCGGCGGCGAUCGGCAGGUUCGGGAACCGGGUAGUCGCGGCCAGGCGCGGCGUGGUGGCGACGGACGACGGGCGGUGCUCGUGGAUCGGGAGGAACGUUCUCCGGCGAGGGGGCAACGCGGUGGACGCGGCGGUGGCGGCGGCCUUCUGUCUGGGGGUCGUCAGCUCGGCGUCGAGCGGGAUCGGCGGCGGCGCGUUCAUGAUCGUCCGAAUGGCCUCCGGCGAAGCCCAGGCCUUCGACAUGAGGGAGGUUGCUCCGAUCAAAGCUUCCCAGAACAUGUACGCCGGCAACGCUUCCCUGAAAUCAAGCGGCCCGCUCUCCAUCGCCGUGCCAGGGGAGCUCGCCGGCCUGUACGAGGCCUGGAAGCGACACGGCCGGCUCCCAUGGAAGCGCCUCGUCCUGCCGUCCGUCUUUCUCGCCGGAAAGGGCUACAAGCUCUCAAAGUACCUUCAUUUCCAAAUGACACAAAUCUCACAAUCAAUCCUCGCGGACAGGGGGCUCGCCGGCGUGUACGCCACCGAGUCCGGCAGCAGGCUGAAGCGUCCGGGAGAGAAUUGCCGGAACAGGAAGCUGGCCGUGACGCUGGCGAAGAUUGCGUUUAAUGGUGUGAGGGAGUUCUACAAUGGCUCGAUUGGGCGGGAGUUGGUUCGAGAUGUUGAGCGGCUUGGUGGGAUUUUGACAGUGGAGGAUUUGGCGAGGUACAGGGUUAGGGUUAGGGAGCCGGUUUCGGCGGAGAUUAUGAGGAUGAAGCUGAUCGGGAUGCCUCCUCCUUCGUCCGGUGGCGCUGCCAUGUUCAUGAUUCUGAACAUCCUGGCCCAGUACGGAGUCCCCAAAGGCAUCUCCGGCCCGCUAGGAGUCCACCGGCUGAUCGAAUCCCUAAAGCACGCAUUCGCCGUCAGGAUGAACCUCGGCGACCCCGAUUUCGCCAACGGCGUCGAACAAGUCCUCUCCGACAUGAUCUCUCCGAAAUUCGCGGCGGAGAUAAAGAAGACGAUCUACGACAACACGACGUUCGGCCCCGAUCAUUACGGCGGCAGGUGGAACCAGAUCGACGACCACGGGACCAGCCACGUGUCGAUCGUCGACGGGGAGAGGAACGCCGUGGCGAUGACGAGCACGGUGAACUACUACUUCGGCGCCCGGAUCCUGUCUCCGAGCACGGGGAUCGUGCUGAACAAUGAAAUGGACGAUUUCUCCAUACUGAGUAACAACGGUACCGGCGGUGGGAACGCCGACGUGCCGCCGCCGGCGCCUACGAAUUUCGUCCGGCCGGGGAAGAGGCCGUUGUCAUCGAUGGCGCCUACCAUUGUGUUGGAGGACGGAAAGCUGAGAGCGGUGAUGGGAGCUAGCGGGGGAGCCAUGAUCAUCGCCGCGACGACGGAGGUUUUCUUGAAUUACUUUGGGAAAGGAAUGGAUCCUCUCUCCUCUGUCCUGGCUCCAAGACUCUACCAUCAGCUGAUACCCAACAAGGUGUCGUACGAGAACUGGACCACGGUUUACAGGGAUCACUUUGAAGUUCCUGCUGAAACAAGGGCAUUCCUAGAAAGAAGGGGACAUGUCCUACAAGGGCUUGCUGGUGGGACGAUCUCCCAGUUGGUUGUCCAAGAGUUUCAGGGAGAUCAUCGUUCCUCCUUGAAAAACAACAAUGGAACAACAGCUUUUGGAAGGCUUGUGGGAGUUAGUGACCCUAGAAAGGGAGGCUUUCCUGCUGGUUUCUGAAUUUGGACAUGAAUUUCCAUGUAGAGGAUUUUGGUAGGACAAAAUGAGAAAUUCAAAUUUUAGUACUUUUAUAAUUUCUUAGAAUGAAGUUUAGUUGAAUGC